GGAAAACAGAGUUUGAGAAAUGAACGUUAUGUGCGCAAGCUGGCCACUGGUAUUACAAGUACUGAGGCCGCCAUGUGGGAGGGAGUAAGAUCGGCUGAGAAGAGAGAUCAGUGGCAGUGCCUGUAAUCAGGCGCAUCAACCAAGCGAAUGCAAGCACACCCGAUGCACCGACCACGACUAACGUUCUCACAUUCAGUUGCAACUCUUACACUCGCGAGCCCCAAAUCUGAAUCUACACGUAUACACGCAUUCACAGCUCCGCCACCUGGUGUUCUGCGAAUCCUUCGCGCUGCUGAAUCUUCUCUAUUCUGCAAGCUGGAAAUUUUGCGCAUAGGCCUAUGAUCGUGCGAUAUGGACCAUCACACAGAAACCUCGGAAAACUGGGACGAAGACUUCGAGUUCAACGUCCAAAACCCUGCGUCCGGUUCCGCUUCAACCGACAAUAACGAGACCAUCCAUGACACAACGACACCAGCGACACCGACACGACCACGACAUGCCCACCACGACUCUCAAGAGAGCACCGAGAACUGGGACGACUUUUAUGAAGACGACGUCGACGAACAGGCCUCGUCGUCGGCAGCCACAACUUCGCACGUCUCAUCACCAGACACUGCGCCUUCAGAGGAAGGCCGCAAAUCAGAGAUCGCACGACCCCCUACACCCCCAUCAUCCUCAGAGUCCUCGACCCAUUCCUCCUCUCGCACGCCGCGCGCGAGCAAGAAACAGCGGAUGCGCUCUGGAUCAGGCGCGACUGCCCGACAGGCGCGGCACCGCUCCCGCUCGUCCUCAUUUUCCAACUCGCGCCCGAGCUGGGGCGAAUCGAGUGAGGAAGAAGACGAGGAGCUUGGAUUCACUGACGCAGCCGAUGACGAUCGGACUGUCACCGCACGCACCCGACGGGUGUUCUCGCGGACGAUGCCGAAGAACCCGAGCCCCCCACCACCCGUGCCGCCGCUGCCCACUACAGCCGCGGCACCUCCUGUCUUCACGGCAGGAUCUCCUUCCCGCGUGCUGUCGAUGCUGGGGAACAAGGCACGAUGGGGACGGAGGAAGAAGGGAAGCAGUAUGAGCGUAGGCAGCCAGCAGGAGGCGGAUGUCGACAUUAUCCAUGAUAUUUUUGCUCAUGCCGAAGCGACACCACGUCCGUUGUCUGCUUCACUACUUGGCCGGUCGAAUUCUCAGUCCUCAUCGCACACUGGGUCAAUCAUUCGACCGGCAUUGCCGCCGGAAACACCGCCCCCGUCAAAGAGAGCGAGCUUGUUUCACUCUCAGCCCGCAGUGGAGAUCCAACCACCUUCUCCACCACAAACCUUCAAAGCAGCCACUGCGCUUGACAUCGAAACCCCGAAACGAAAGGAACGGGACAGUUUCUCGCCGACGACAUUCUCACUGGCGUCGACGACAUCCCUGCCGUCCACGUCGCCCAUCAAGACGACCAACACACCAUUCACACUCAGUCCGCGUGCAAUAUCACCGACACAAAACGUGCCGCCUCAGACGGCAUCGUUGGGGCGAUCGUCUGCUGUCGCUGCUGUUGUAGCGACUGGGACGAUGCGGCGAAAUUCACUCGGCGAUCUCAAGAUACCCAUGAGGAUCAGCCAGGCGCAGGAUGCGGUACGGCGGGAUCUGGAGAUGGUCCGAGAGUUUGCGAAGAAUGUCGAAGACCUCAAAGCGUUGGAGGGAACGUAUCUGACUCUCGUCACGCAACUCCAAUCUUUGCUCGACGCGCACCUUUUGCGCCAAACUGCUGCUGCUGCUCCCCCACCUCAAUCGUCAGGAACCUCAUUUUUCAAACGGCAUCGCUCCAAUACGUCGGUUUCGCUCCCGACUCCCGAGGGCCGCUGGAAAGCCCUUGCCGACGCGUUUGACACGAUCAAGGAGCGGUACCGCGUAUCGUGGGAAUGCGCCGAACUGUUGAUUGAUUUGAGCGGUGUCGGGCCGACAAGCAGUGUUUCUGCGCCAACAGUGGCGGUGUCGUCCGCGUCCUCGUCAUCGUCACCUGCACCGACUAAGUUACGUGCGCGAGCGAUCACGCUUUCGGAAGACGCCAAGGCCCCGAUCCCAAGCUCGUCGAGUCUGCCGAUGACCAGUGCCCCGAGUCUGGCCUGGCGGGCGUCGACGACCGGACGCAACUCGAGCUCCGAUCUAAGCUCGCGGCAGCUUGUGCUGCUCAAGGAGAUGCUGAGCUCGUCGGCGGCGGAUGACUCGUUCGCGACGGACGACGGAAUGACCGAAACAGGGGGGACGGUGGUAAAUCGGGACUGGCGGUGGGGCGCAGACGCGAUGGGCAGCACGCUGACGCUGCCGUCGGAGGAGAGUGUGGAGGUGUUCCAGAAUGGAGGGACGAAGCAGAAGAAGAGGAGGCGGAUGAGCAGCAAGAUGCGGAUGAGCGGCUUCCGCGAUCUGCUCAAGAGUCUCGCCAAGGGAAACGGGUCGUCGUCUUCAACGAGUGAGUCGACGGCUUCAAUUCCCGGUCGACGACGCGCGAAAACGAGCGUCGGUCCCGAGUCAGCGUCGACGCUGUCGCUUUCGUCUGGCAGAGCCUCGCCGUUCGAUGCCCUCGGACACGGCAAACCGCCGGGCAGCGCCGCAGCGGAACCCCGGAGACCCUCUUUGGCCUCGAUUUUCCGGCUCGGGAGGAACAAGACGCCGCCGGUGGCUGCUCCCGCACCGGAGGACGAGGAAGAAGACUGGGACCGGAUCUCGUCGGAUGCCGAGCCUCCGGAGUUGACGACCGUGCGCGCCCGAUCGCCGUACGGCAUGCCCCCUGGCAGCUCGCACAUAUCCUUCGUGGCUGGCACGCGCGGCGGCGCGAGACUGCCGGACGUGACCGAGGAUCCGGGCCGGCAGCCGAAGCACAGCGCCGCGACUGUGCGGUCGAUACCACCGGAUAAUGCGCCGCCGCCGGGCGGCAAGCUGUCUCUGACGCCGGAGAACAUCAAGCCUCUGCUCGAGAACUCGCGCGAGGUGUAUGGGAAGCUGUGCACGUGCGUCGAGGAGGUGCGGCGGCUGGUUGAAGGCGGGGAUCUACUGUAGUUGUGCAUAUCACUUUUUCUGGACUGACCACUUUGUAAUUACACAGCAUGUCUGUAGCGUAUAUACACCGUUCCGUAUCUGAUUCUUAAUUUCUGUCCCUGAUAA